AUGAUCUUGUACGACGAGCCGAAGCACAACAAGACGUCCCGCCGAGUCGUCAUCGAGAACGUGGUCGCCCACGAGAUCGUGCACCAGCGCGAGCCGGCCCGCUACUACGACAUCCGCGGCAUGUUCAACAUGCUGACGUACGAGAAGGCGGCCUACGGCAUCUACACGAUGUACCGCACGAUGGGCGAGGAGCGGAUGCGCAACAUGCUGCAGAAUGCCGGCGCUUAUUACCAAAGCCUCGCCGCCGAGCCCGAACGAUCGCUGAAACUGGCCGGCGCUGACCAGGACGAUGACGAUCGCAAAACCGAACUCGCCACCUCCGAGGAGGAGGAGCUGCAACACGUCCUCGACGAGGUGGACGAGCUGAAGCUGGAGCUGACGGUUGGGCGUCGCACCUCGGAUGACAAAGACGCAGCGUGGAGGGUGUUUGAGAAGGAGGUGCUGGCGGCUUGCCCGGCUGGGAUGCAGACCAGCACGUGCAGCAACCUCGACUACGCCCCUGACGAGCGGUCCAAGCUGUUCGAGGGGAUCAUCGGCGGAAUCGCCAGCGACCUGGAGUUGGCACAGGUGGCCGCCUUGCGCCAAUCCCCCGAACUCACUGAAGAACUCCGCCGCAUGCCGAAGUGGGACUCGGCGAUGGAGGCGUACAAGGUCGACCGGCAGUGGCGCCACAACUAUGCGCUGGACAUCCUCGCCAAGUUCGCCAAGCUGCCGCAAAUCGAGCCCAAGGAGAAC